GGAGGCUGUCGGGAAGUAGGCGGGGUGACGUGGGCUUGACGAGCUCCGCGGCGGGUUUGCUCAGCUCGGUGGCCGGCGGCAGCUGCUGCGGGGGGCGGCCGCGGCGCCGGGGGCUGCGGGGCGCUUUGUGGCCGGGGCCAUGUCGGGCAAUGCUGGGGAGUGGUGCCUCAUGGAAAGCGACCCCGGGGUCUUCACCGAGCUCAUUAAAGGAUUCGGCUGCCGUGGAGCCCAAGUAGAAGAAAUCUGGAGUUUAGAGCCUGAGAAUUUUGAAAAACUAAAGCCAGUUCAUGGAUUGAUUUUUCUUUUCAAGUGGCAGCCGGGAGAGGAACCAGCAGGCUCUGUGGUUCAGGACUCCAGACUUGACACGAUAUUUUUUGCCAAGCAGGUAAUUAAUAAUGCUUGUGCCACUCAAGCAAUAGUGAGUGUGUUAUUGAACUGUACCCAUCAAGAUGUACAUUUAGGAGAAACAUUGUCAGAGUUUAAAGAAUUUUCACAAAGUUUUGACGCAGCUAUGAAAGGUUUGGCACUGAGCAAUUCAGAUGUGAUUCGGCAAGUACACAACAGUUUUGCCAGACAGCAAAUGUUUGAAUUUGAUGCAAAGACAACAGCGAAAGAAGAAGAUGCCUUUCACUUUGUCAGUUAUGUCCCAGUUAAUGGACGACUGUAUGAAUUAGAUGGAUUAAGAGAAGGACCGAUUGAUUUGGGCGCUUGCAAUCAGGAUGACUGGAUCGGCGCGGUGAGGCCUGUAAUAGAGAAAAGGAUACAGAAGUACAGUGAAGGUGAAAUUCGAUUCAACUUAAUGGCUAUUGUGUCUGACAGAAAAAUGAUAUAUGAACAGAAGAUCGCAGAGUUGCAGAGGCAGCUCGCAGAGGAGGAGCCCAUGGAUACGGAUCAGGGUAAUAAUAUGUUAAGUGCUAUUCAAUCAGAGGUUGCCAAAAACCAGAUGCUUAUUGAAGAAGAAGUACAGAAACUGAAAAGAUACAAGAUUGAAAAUAUCAGAAGGAAGCAUAAUUACCUGCCUUUCAUUAUGGAAUUGUUAAAGACCUUAGCGGAACACCAGCAGUUAAUACCACUAGUGGAAAAGGCAAAAGAGAAGCAAAAUGCAAAGAAAGCCCAGGAAACAAAAUGAAGAUGCUUUGGAAUAUGUGCACAUUUCUGCUUCUGCACUUAAUUUCAUGGAAACCAUUAAGUAUAAAGAACUUAGAGUAACAUCCUAAUUGACUGCACGUUUGGCAAUGGUACCAGUCUGUCUUGUCUUUGCUGCAUGGAUUCAUAAACCUUUCCCCACCUGCAUCAUGUGCAUGGAGAACCUAGUAAAUAAAAGUGAUGUUAGAGUGCUUGCCGAAACUCCAUUACUUAACCCUGGACCUGAGACUCCUGAUGUUUUUUUUGGGAUUAUAACUACUGUAAUGAACCUAAAAAAUGCACAAAUGAUGUUUUUCCUUGUAAUUGUAAUAAUCUUUCAAUCUUUAAGCUCAAUCAAGUGCUUAAAAUUUAUAAAUGUUAAAUCUUGACUAAACUGGA